AUAGCCGAAGCCUGGGCAGAGCUGCAGCCUGCCACCAUGAAUGGUGCCUGGAGGAAGCUCUGGCCCGAGUGUGUCCCCCCUGGCACCCCCGAGCCUGACACCGUGCCUCAGCUCCGUCGCAGCAUUGUUGCACUAGCCAGCCAUGUGGGCCUUGGAGAUGCAGCUGAGGCCGAUGUCGCCAGCCUCCUGCAGGCCCAUGGGGAGCCCCCACCCCACGGCAGCCCCCAGGAUGCAGAGGAUGGGGACAUCAGCGGCUCUGGGUUGCCCUGGGAGGCAGGGAAAGGCUCGGUCUCCAGAAAACCAGAGCCAGAUUUCACAGAGGCUGUGGUGGGUGCGGGGACCGAGGAAGCUGAUGUGGGUGCUCUGAGCACCGAGCACCUGGCCCAGGCCCUGUCUCACUUUGCUGCUGGUUUACGGGUCCUCAUGGAGAAUGAUCCAAACCGGGAACGCAGCCUCCGGGUGUCCCGGGGUGUCCACUGUGCCCUUGCCCGCCUCCGGGAGCUGCACCGGGAAAGGAGGCGACAGGCCCGGGCAGCUGUAUCCUUAGGGGGCCCCACGGCAGUGGCAACAAGGGAUUUGGCAGGAAACCUGCCCUUGCCCCAAGUGGGGCCCAUAGAGGGUGGGGAUGUGGCUAAGGGCACAGGUCAUGAAGGUCAGACCUCUGGCUGUCCUGUAUGAUUUGGGGCUUGGGCUUGACCUCACGUGAUUCUCUCUAACGAUGUUUUGUUUCUGGAGGUCAGCUACUGCUACUUCUCC